CACCCCAAACACCUCCUUUCGUCAUCAUCAUUUUCAUUUUCUAAACUAAACCCUCUCUGAACCCUAUCCCAAAUUUCAAACCUAUUUUUCUCAGAUUAACACACAUCCCAUGGCUCUCUCCAAAUCCACCUUCUUAACGCACCUCAGAGCCGUCGCCAACACUCACAACCACUGCCGACCGCCAUCCUCCGUAUCCCUUCGCUUCCUCUCCUUCUCUUCCCCGGAGGAAGCCGCGGCGGAACGCCGCCGCCGCAAGCGCCAACUCCGCAUUGAGCCCCCUCUCUCUGCUCUCAACCGCACCCAAACUGCACCGAAACCCCAAUCCCAAUCUCCACCCUACUACCUGAACCCUAACAACCCGAAACUCCCGGAACACGUCUCAUCCGUAACCGGCAACCGCCUCAACCUCCAUAACCGAAUCCUAACCCUAAUCCGGGAAAACGACCUCGACGAAGCCGCUCUUUACACACGCCACUCCAUCUACUCCAAUUGCCGGCCCACCAUCUUCACCAUCAACGCCGUCCUUGCCGCCCUGCUCCGCCAGUCCCGUUAUUCCGACCUCCUCUCCCUCCACCGCUUCAUCACCCAAGCUGGCGUUGUCCCCAACAUCAUCACCCACAACCUUCUCUUCCAAACCUACCUCGAUUGUCGCAAACCCGACACUGCCCUCGAACACUAUAAACAGUUUCUCAACGAUGCUCCCAUGAACCCUUCUCCUACCACUUACCGUGUUCUCAUCAAGGGUUUGGUCGAUAACAGCAAGCUCGAUCGUGCUUUGGAUAUUAAGGCUGAAAUGGAUUCCAGAGGGUUCGCUCCUGAUCCUCUUGUUUAUCAUUACUUGAUGUUGGGCCAUGCUAGGGCUUCUGAUGGUGAUGCUGUUUUGGGGCUUUAUGAGGAAUUGAGAGGGAAAUUGGGUGGGGUUGUGGAGGAUGGGGUGGUUUUUGGGUGCUUGAUGAAGGGGUAUUUUCUUAAGGGGAUGGAGAAGGAGGCUAUGGAGUGUUAUGAGGAGGCCUUGAACAAGAAGAUGAGUGCUGUGGGUUAUAAUUCGGUGCUUGAUGCGCUCAGCAAGAAUGGGAAAUUUGAUGAGGCGUUGAAGCUGUUUGAUAGGAUGAAAAGAGAGCAUGAGCCGCCGAAGAGGUUGAGUGUUAAUUUGGGAAGCUUUAAUGUGAUUGCAGAUGGGUAUUGUGCUCAAGGGAUGUUUAAGGAGGCAAUGCAGGUUUUCAGGAGCAUGGGGGAUUAUCGAUGCAGGCCGGAUACGUUGUCUUUUAAUAACUUGAUUGAGCAUUUGUGUGAUAAUGGGUUGAUCGGGGAAGCUGAGGAGGUUUAUGGAGAAAUGGAGGGUAAGGGGGUGAACCCUGAUGAGUUUACUUAUGGCUUGUUGAUGGAUACGUGUUUCAGGGAGAAUAGGCCUGACGAUGCAGCUGGCUAUUUUAGAAAAAUGGUGGAAACUGGAUUGAGGCCUAAUUUGGCUGUUUACAAUAGGUUGGUUGAUGGGUUGGUUAAGGUUGGUAAGAUCGAUGAUGCCAAAUCUUUCUUUGACCUAAUGGUGAAGAAGCUCAAGAUGGAUGUUGCUAGCUAUCAGUUUAUGAUGAAGGUGCUGAGUGAUGCAGGACGAUUGGAUGAAAUGCUUCAAAUUGUUGAUACGUUGUUGGAUGAUAAUGGGCUCGAUUUUGAUGAGGAGUUCCAAGAAUUUGUUAAGGGGGAGUUGAGAAAAGAAGGGAGGGAAGAGGACUUGACCAAACUGAUGGAGGAGAAAGAAAGGCUGAAAGCUGAAGCAAAGGCCAAGGAAGCUGAGGCAGCCGAAGCUGCCAAGAGAAGUGCAAGAGCCGCAGUGGCUUCUUUGCUUCCAUCCAAGCUGUUUGGGAACAAGGAAUCUGAUUCAGAAUCUAAGUCAGAGGGUGAAAUUCAAGCUCUCAAUGAAGAGAGCACUGAUGCAACUGCAUCUGAACCAGCGUUGGCAGAGAAAACAACAGAAGCUGAGGGUGAUAGAGCAAGUGAAGAGGUAACAGCUUGAAGUUGCAACUUCUUGGUGCUUAGAGGAGGUAUAAUAACUUCAUGCUGCUUGGAUGAGGAGGUAUGGUGUUUGUGUGUCUUGUCAACAUAGUUUUGAAUGAUCAACCUACGUUACCAACAUUUUUAUCAUUCUACAUGUAAUUAAACUUGUUGGAAAAGAUUAUGCAAUUUAUGGCCUUUCCAUUUUACAAUAUCGUAUUAAUGGGAUGUUGGUCUGACCCAUCUUGAAACCCCUUGUACUGGAGCAACAAGAUCAGUCAUUGGAACUAUAGCAUUUUUUUUUCUUUCUAAAAUGUAUUGUUUUUCUGGAAAUUAUGAUGGAUUUUCUUAAACUGCAAGUGAAGCAACAUUGACGUUGUAGUAGACGACAGGUUGGAAGAAAGAUGAAGCAACUUAUUUUUUGUGCAACGCGAUGGGUUGUGAACUAAUUGUGCGUCAAAAGCUUACAUCUGUUCAGUGUUCUGCCUCCAAGUAUCUCUUUCGCCCUGACACACACACACUCUUCCGAACAUCUCUUUAAUUUUUGAAUUACUCAAAUUAUCAAAUUAUGGUAACAAAUCCUACAAUUCCAUCUAUAUAAGAAGUGGGUAUAUAAUUACGAAAAGAAAGGAGUGAUACGGGUACGAUUUGAAUUAUGAAGUAAUGCAAUAAUUGAGUUGUAAUGGGAACGGAGAAUUAUUGUUAGAUCCAAACCCAAGAAAGAAAUCAUUCAUCUGGAAAGUGUGUGCCAAAAAAGGAAGUCUUGCAUAAUUACUGUAAUGUAGUGGGGUGUGGCGGGACGUUAGGGCCUAGUCUCGAUUAACUUCUCACUUGUAUGUGCUUUUUAAUUAUAAAACUUUAUUGUUAAGACUUUGCUAAUGCAAGGAUGUUAAAGUUCUGUGUAGUUUAUAGAAGUUUAAUUAGUUUUAUUUGCCUCUCCCCUAAAUACUUGUAUGAGAGAUUUAUUCAAAUUGUUUCCCUGUUAUUUCCACGUAGUUUGCACAAUAAAUUCAUCUUCGUAAGUCUUUUUUAGUGUAAACUUAACCCACCAGUAUUCAGAUAUGUGUAAGACUAUCACGGACAACAGAAUUCUCCUGUCAAAAUUUUAACCCAAUUAUAUUUUCAAGGACUUGAAUUCAAGAGUCUGGAACAAAGCCCCACUAAUUGAUGUAGACUGUAGACAGUCAGUGGUCAUUUUGUGUGAUUUAAUAAUGAUACUGCUCGAUUAAAUUGAUGGCAACUGGCAGCAAAGAUAGGAGUUCACACAGCUUCCAGUGUCGAAG